ACAAAUAAAACACAAGUAAUCAUUUCCACAAAUAUAUUUACACGUACAAUUCUAACAUAAUAUUACGGUAGGUACUUGUACACGAUUUUUUGAACUCUGUAGACUGUAAUACAGACUUUUGUACGAGCAUCGAGCAGCUAAAGCUUAGAUCUAUAGAGCGCACAUUGACUUUGCUCAGACUUAAGAUUGAGUUAGAACGAGACAGAUGAUGUGAGAGAUAUACAUCUGUCUCGUUUAAACUCUUAAGUCUAAGGAAAUUCAGAGUGCUCUCUAUAGAUCUGUCUUUUUACACUCAUUCGCUUGCUGAGAUGGCGCGAUGUUUCCCACGAAUGUGACAUCAAAAUACAAAAAAAAAAAUACAAUAAAAUGUCAGCUGGCAAUAUUGUCAAUAACUGGCACCGCAUAUAAAAUUCACAAUCUAUAAAUAAUUAUUAUCACAUACUAAAGUAUUAUAGUUAUUCUGAUUUCUGAAUUAAGAUAAAUGUCAGAUCUGCUAAUCCUAUCAAAGAUGAUAUUUGAUACUUACAUGAUAAAUUUUCUUGGCCUGUCUAAUUAUAUUUUGUUAUUCAAUGAUUAAGAUCUUCGCACACUACACGGACGACUUCGCUACGACUCGUUUCGUACCAAAGCAUAGAAUUAUGUGAGCUUAAUAUCGUGUUCAUUAUAGUGGAAUUUCCAACAUUGAAAUGGUCCACGCGCUCUACACCUCAAUUCGCACGCCCGUCAUCCAUAAUAUGCAAUUUUCAAUAUAUACUUUUAUUGUACACACCAAAAUUGACAGAAAAACUCAUACUAAAGCAAAACACAAAAUAUAGCCCAUAUUUUCGCAUGAUGCAUUGCGUCUGUGUUAUGUGCGAAAAGCUUUAGUGGUCGUUAGGAACCUUAAGUAGUCCUCCACAAAAACGGCUCCCAAAAUCUCCAAUGUUUUGGAAUCUAUAGUCAAGAUAGGAGCUUAUUUAGAGGAUGAUACAAAUGGCAUAUUAUAUUAGGUCCUAUUAGGCCUUCAUACAAUGCGACAUGAAUUGUCUUCUAAGAAGCAACUAUCCUGACUAUGAAUUCUGGUGUAAAUGUUUCAAACACUUUUCAACAAAUCCACACUUCCAUACAAAUAUUUAUAAAUGCGAUACUAUGCCAUUUUGUCUGUCUGUCUCAACAGCUUAACCGAGGAAACGUAAGUAGGAUACUUUUUAACCAGGAAAAUCAAAGUUUUUCAAAAAAAAUAUCUAAAAAGACAUUCAAUGAGUAUUAGCUAGUCAGAUAUAUUAAUUAGGCACACACAUUUUAUAUGAAAAAUGUAUGUUUUGUACAUAACAAGAGUAUGCUGGUAUUUCAAGCCAAGCCUGCUGUAAGUAUAUCCAAAAAUAUCCAUUACUGGAUUUUAAUAUUAUGUAAAGUAGUAUAAAAUAGAUUAUUAAAAAAAUAAAUUACAUAUUUUGGUACAAUUUAAUUUUGAGUUACCUAAAACCAGAGACUAAUGGCCUAAAUUAACGACCACUCUAUCUGUAAUCUAUCCAUAAGUUACCUAACAACAUUGUUAUUUGUCAAAAAUUGUAUAACCUAUUUUGACUUUAACUAUGUUUCUAACGGUCGAAAUUAAUAAAUAAUCCUAUCUGUAAUCCGUCGAUAUGUUACUUGGCAACGUUUUUAUUGGUCUAAAAUUGUGUCCUCUUGACAAAUAACCAUUUUACUAAGUAAUUUACAGAAAGAUCACAGAUAAAUUGAUUAAUUAACAAUUUCGGUAACUUAUCGACAGAAUUUCGCCCGUAAGUAACUUAUCGGUAGAUUGCAGAUUGAUUAUACUAAUUAACGCUGUUAAUAAAGUAGACAAGUAUUUUUGAUAUAAUCGACUCCGUAUUUUCAUCUUUGGCACUGGUUUACUAGGUAAAUAUUUUUCAAUAUAAUAGGUAUUAAAAAAAGUAUUUUAAGAAAUAAAGGAAUGAUAUAGAUUAGACAUUACUUCUCUUUACCUAAUCUAUUAUUAUUUUAGUAAAAAUAAGGCUAUUAGUUAAUAUCGCUUUUUAUUCAUGCACAAAUAUCAAUCUUAGGCAAAAAACAUAAUGUGCCUGAUUCUGCUUUAUAUGCAAUCUCUAAAUUAAAUUCACAGGCUUAAUCUAAUGCUAUCCUUUUCAAAAUGCGCAAGGAAAAGAUGGCAGUAGAUUUAAAAAAAAAAAUUACUUUGCGUUUGAAGUCGGUGUUUUGAAAUUUAGUUUGUAUUUUAGUUUCCUAGACCAAACUCUCUCUCUAAUAAGUACCUAGUUUAAGUUUUUGUCUCACUGAAUGUGUCAAUAGUAAUUAUUUACCUUAGAGUGUUAUAUAAAAAAUAACAGCCUGUAUAGAGAUAAAUAAUUGUGGCUUAUUCUGUUGUGCAAUCUAAACUAAAAUAAUAGAUCUGAAUCUAAUUAAUCAAUUUAUCCGUAAUCUGUCGAUAAAUUACUUAGCACCGUUGUAUUGUCAAAAAUUGCACUUAUGGUCUUUUUGACAAAUAACAACUAAGUACCGUCGUGACUCGUUACUUCGCCUGUGGUACCGAUCUUCGCCUAAUUUUAAAUAAGUUAAGGUUUCCAAUAUAAGUUUAAGACAGGCUGCGAAUAUAAGUACUGAAAACCAUAGUAUUUUUCAACUAUGGCAAGAUUCUGCGGAUUGUUUGUGGCUAACUUCACAUUGUUGGUGACCAGUGCGUUUUUGCCGUGAAGCAAACGACACGUUUUUUUUUGUCUGUGUUUAAACUUUAGUUUUAGCCAAUGUUACAGAACAGGUAAUGCUAAACUUUUUAUUUUAUUAUCACCUUAAUCUAAUCCCCUUUCUUAUGCCGUUAUUAUAUUCUAUCUAAUUCACGUUUAGAAGUCGUAUUUGAAUAAAAUGUUAUUGAGGGGAUAGCGGCGGCCAUCUUGUUGCCAAACUUCACCUGCCCCUAGGGCUGUCGCUCUUUUUGUUUCAUAAUUUAUACUACUAUACAAUAUAUUUAUUUAUAAGUGGUAUAUUUGUUUAUAAUCGUGUUCUUGAAAACGAAAUUUUCAAUAUCAUAAUCCCAUAUAGAUUCGCAAGGGCGAAAAAUCAUUCGAGAGGUUUCAUAUUAUCUGAGAUUUUUUUAUUCUAUAUUUAUCUAUCUUGAGCAAAGCUUGGUUGCCCACGUCCCUUGGUAAUGGGUGAUAUCACCUAGAAUCGGAUUUUUAAUCGAAACAAUUGAUUACAGAACUACUCAUAAUGGCAAAUAAAAAAGAGAAAGUGAGUAAACGCAAAAAGCGGCCGUACACUGCUAAACAUUCAGAAAUUAUGAUAAACUUAGCGGUGGAAGCAUUAAAAAAGAAGACAAUGUCGUCAUACGAUGCAGAAAAAGCCUUUGGCAUACCUCGCCGAACUUUAUUGGACAAGCUGCAUAAUAAACACCCUAAGAGUCCAGGAUGCCCAACAAGACUUACCGAUCAGGAGGAAGAUGAAACAAUAAAAGUUUUAAUUGCAGCCGCCGAUUAUGGCAGUCCUUUGACUCUUUUGGAUUUGAGAAUUGUCGUAUACAGAUAUUUGGAGGGCAAUGGACGACUUUCAAUUUUUAAUAACAAAUUACCUGGAAAGAAGUGGGCAUACUCUUUUAUAAAAAGAAACAAACCUAAAUUAACCCACAGAGUGAUCCAAAACAUAAAAAGGAGCCGAGCAGAAAAAAGUCCCGAUGAAAUGAGAGAUUACUUCACAAAUUUAAAAUCAUCACUAGAAGGCGUCCCUAGUGAAAAUAUUUUAAAUUACGAUGAGACAAACUUGACAGAUAAUCCUGGGGUCCAAAAAUGUUUGUUCAGAAGAGGAAUUAAGUACCCCGAAAGGGUGUUAAACUAUACGAAGGGGGCUAUAUCUAUAAUGUUUGCAAUAACUGCAGCAGGAGAAUGUCUUCCUCCAUACGUUGUGUAUAAGGCGGAACAUUUAUAUACACAAUGGACACUUAAUGGACCUAAAGGAACCAGAUUCAACCGUUCUAAAUCGGGAUGGUUUGACAGCCAUUUAUUCGAAGAUUGGUUUGAAAGUAUGAUUUUACCAUGGGCUCAAAAUAAACCUGGUAAGAAAGUUUUGAUUGGUGAUAACCUAGCGUCCCACAUAAACGUCAAAAUUGUAAAAUAUUGUGAACAAAAUGAUAUAUGUUUCAUAUUUUUACCCCCAAAUUCAACACAUUUAACCCAACCCUUGGAUGUAUGCUAUUUUGGUCCCUUAAAAAAACUAUGGAGGGAAAUUCUAUUAAACUACAAAAUAAAAAACCCGAGAGAAGCAACAAUUCACAAGGGACAUUUUCCAAAUCUACUCAAACAACUAGUGGAAAAACUUAACGAAAAAAAUCAUAACAUAAUCAGUGGAUUUAAAAGCACUGGCAUUGUGCCAUUCAACCCCGACAAAGUAAUUAGUAAAAUGGCAGGUUCAAACCAACAAACGAUGACAUAUACUAUUGACAAUGCAUUAUUAGACUGGCUGAAGGAGACUCGCAGUGCAGAUCCUAAUAAAAAAGUACGAAACAAGAAAUUAGAUGUGCCACCGGGCAAAUCGGUUUGCGAAAAAGAUUUUAAAGAUUUAACAACUCAACAAAAAGAAGUAAAAACAGGAAAAAGAAAUAAAAGGCAAAAAGAAAAAAAACUUAAAACUGUGCAGGUAAAUUCUGACUCAUUGCUGCAGCCAUUGCUAAUGCAAAAAAAUCCUGAAAGCCUCAAAAACUUGUGUAUCAGGAGUGUCAAUACUUACUUACUUCCAUAUAAGCAAAAUGCUGAGGUAUCCUUGUCGCAAGAAUCAAAUGUUAAAUAUUUGGGUGAACUUUCAAGGAAUGAUAAAGAAAAUAUGCCAUUCAUUGACAUAAUCCCAGACUGCCUACUUCAAUAUAAGCAAAAUGCUGAGGCAUCCUCGUCGCAAGAAUCAAAUGUUAAAUAUUUGGGUGAAAUUUCAAGGAAUGAUAAAGAAAAUAUGCCAUUUAUUGACGUAAUCCCAGACUGCCUUAAAACAAACCAAACAAAAAUUAUUAUAACCUCUGAUGUCAUUAUCGAAGCUGGGCCGUCUCAGAAAAUACUGCAGAAUAAGAAAAGAAACAGGAAUUUGAAAAAGAAAGGGGUUACAACAAUCACGCGGUCUGCCUUACACAUGAAACUAGUCCCAAUUAAAAAGAGACAAAGAGUAGUAGCUGAACAAAGAAAAGUCCUAAAAGAAAUAACACAAGAAACAGAAGAAGAGGAAGAAGAAAUGACAGAUACUGUUGAAAAGGAACCAAAUGAUGAAAUUAAAGAAAGAAAAAGCCGAGAAACUACUAAAGCAAAAAAGAAGAUGCAAAAGCACACAUCUGUGAAACGAAGAAAGAAGAGAUCUAGUAGUGAAUCUAGCUUAACAACUGACAUUGAAAUGAAAAUAGAUGAUACGGAUGAUUCAGAAUAUGAAACAAUGGACGAUUUCAUCGCGACCUGCCAAAAAGAAGAACAAGAAAACAUAGAACCAUCAAUACACUACGGAAUUUCUGACAUUGAAUACUUCACAGAAAGUGAUAAUAAAUUAAAAACAGACUCCUGGAUUUUAGCUCAAUUUGUUACAAAAAAGAGUGUGAAGCACUUCGUAGGAAAAGUAAUAUCAAUAAAAAAUAACAUUCCUGAGGUCAAAUUUCUGAGAAAAAAGAAGGAAUCGAAAGUUAACCGAGGAUCAGUUUUUACUUACCCUACAGUUGAUGAUAUUUGGCCUAUGAAGCAUUUAGAUGAUAUUAUUUUAGUACUGCCUGAGCCAAAAAUUUGUCGACGAGGUCAAAUCAUAUUUAAUAUCGACUUGAGUAAUUACAACGUACAAUAGUUAUUUUACUUAUACUAUUUUCAUGAAAAUGAAUGCCUCAUUAUAUUAUUUUUAGUUCUUAUGUCUUUGACUGACCUGAUUAUUAGUAAUUGUUGAGUUUAUAUUUUAAGAAUUGUAAGUCAAAUAUUGUACCUUGAUUCUGUUUUUUUUUUGAUAACUGUUUUUUGUUACUAUACUAUUAAGCUAGAAGCAACUGAUUACUAAAUAUUUGUAUUUUUAUGUCUAUGCUUGACCGAGUCUGAUUUAAUGUCUAAGAAUAAUAAAUAAUACUAUUAUGAAUAAGAAUUUGAA